AUGGAGAAGCAGCAACUGGGUCAAGGAGAGCAAGCAGAGACGGACUGGAGAAAUGGGCUUGGCAGGGGCCUCGUGCAAUUCAAUGCUGGGAAGUGCAAAGUCCUGCACCACGGAAAGAACAACCCCAUCCACCAGUAUGCACUGGGGGCCACCCAGCUGGAAGACAGCUUGGUGGAAAAUGCCCUGAGGGUGCUGGUGGACACCAACAUGCCCUUGCAGCGGAGGCGGGAGAUGGUGCCCGGGGAGGAGUGCUGCAGGAUGCUGUUAGGUGACUACGACAAGGUGAAGGCGGUGUCCGAAGGCUCCGACUGUCGGUGCAAAUGCCUGGUCAGGCCCCUGGGCCGCGGAGCUUGCCAAAGGAUUAACGAAGGCGCUUUCAAAGCGGAGGAUUUUUACACGGUGGAAACCAUCACGUCGGGACCCAGCUGCAAGUGUGCGUGCGUGGCCCCCCCCUCGGCGCUCAAUCCUUGCGAGGGGGACUUCAGGCUGAAGAAGCUGCGGGAGGCAGAGAGCAGUGACCUGAAGCUGUCCUCCAUCGUUGAGAUGCUGGAAAGUGCCUUUUAUGGCUUGGACCUGCUGAAGCUGCACUCGGUCACAACCAAGCUGGUUGGUCGGGUGGAAAAGCUCGAGGAGGGCAUGUCCAGGAACUUCACGCGGGAAGGCCACCAGGCAGGAGCCAAUGUGGAGGAGGGUCCGCAGGUUCCCCACCACAGAGACAGGGAGAACUGCUCCAGCCUCAUCACCAACAGCCUUGCCGACAUUGAGAGCUCGCUGCAGCGGGACGCCGAGGCUGCCUACACGCACCCAGAGGGCAAAUAUGAAGAAAGAUUUCUGAAAGAUGAAACCAUCUCCCAGCAGAUCAACUCUGUUGAGUCCUUCCCAGAGCUGCACCUCUCUCCAGAGGAUGAGAAGCCCAAGCAGCUUUUGCAGAGGAAGCUGCACGUAAGGAGCCGGCCUCCUUCCAAGCCCACCAUUGUCCGAGGGGUCACGUACUACAAAGCCCAGUCCACUGAGUCAGAGAACGACAUCGAGGAGCAACCAGACGAGCUGUUCAGUGGGGACAACACGGUGGACCUGCUGAUCGAGGACCAGCUCUUGAGGCCCAGCAGCCGGGCGGGUGAUGGCGUGAGGAAGCCCUCCCCGGUGGGAUGGCCGCCCACCCCCGGCAGCGACCCCACCACCCUCCCUGUCCCCAGCCCUGACAUGGCCACCACCGCUGGGACCUUGAGUGAUGUGGGGACGAGCCCUGCCCCAGAGAGCAGCCCAGGAGACUGGGGACAGGCAAGCACCCCUGCGACGCCGGUCAGCCCCACCAUCCCUGCCACACCAAAGCAGGCCCUGGAGGAGGAGGACAUCAGGAACAUCAUCGGGCGCUGCAAGGACACGCUCUCCACCAUCUCGGGGCCCACCACCCAGAACACCUAUGGGCGCAACGAGGGGGCCUGGAUGAAGGACCCUCUGGCCCGGGAGGAGCGGAUCUACGUCACCAACUACUACUAUGGGAACACGCUGGUGGAGUUCAGGAACCUCGACAACUUCAAGCAAGGGCGCUGGAGCAAUUCCUACAAGCUCCCGUACAGCUGGAUCGGGACAGGGCAUGUUGUCUACAAUGGCUCCUUCUACUACAACCGGGCCUUCACACGCAACAUCAUCAAAUACGACCUGAAGCAGCGAUACGUGGCUGCCUGGGCCAUGCUGCAUGACGUGGCCUACGAAGAGUCCACCCCAUGGCGGUGGCGGGGCCACUCGGAUGUGGACUUCGCCGUGGAUGAGAACGGCCUUUGGGUCAUCUACCCGGCCAUCAGCUAUGAAGGCUUCAACCAGGAGGUGAUCGUGCUGAGCAAGCUGAACGCGGCCGACCUCAGCACCCAGAAGGAGACCACAUGGCGGACGGGGCUGCGGAAGAACUUCUACGGGAACUGCUUUGUCAUCUGUGGGGUCCUGUAUGCAGUUGACAGCUACAACAAGAGGAAUGCCAACAUCUCCUACGCCUUUGACACGCACACCAACACACAGAUCAUCCCCCGGCUGCUCUUUGAGAACGAGUACGCCUACACCACGCAGAUAGACUAUAACCCCAAGGACCGCCUGCUCUACGCCUGGGACAAUGGGCACCAAGUUACCUACCAUGUCAUCUUUGCCUACUGA